AUCAGAGGAAACACACUCCCACGCACACACACACUCUCUCCGGCGCUAUAAAGCUCUGAGGUGUCCGAGCAGCAGAUACCAGACAGAAUCUCAGCGAGCCUCGAGAACCCGAACAACAGAGCUGGAACACGAUGGCUUUUAAAACCUCCCUCUUAACGUUACCAUAUGUGAUGAUGAUGGUGAUGAUGAUGAUGAUGAUGGUCACCCAGGCUGCUCCUCCAAAGGGAAAAUUCCCCGUUCAUCAUAAAGCUCCAAGCUCUGAAGACGCAUCGCCAAAACUCUUCAUCCUUGUGGAUCUGGAACAGGAAAUCAAACCGGCGUCACACUCCAUCAGACCCAUCCACAAUGACUCUAUCUCACCCUGGGAGACUAGCUAUACGUUUGAUUCAAAUCGGAUUCCGUCUUAUCUCCCGGAGGCUCGCUGUCUCCUGAGUGGAUGUUUAAACCAUGACGGUGUUGAGACGCUGGAGUUGGAGUCCAGACGGAUUUUCUGGCAGGUUCCGGUCCUGCAGCGAGUUCGCCGUGGCGAUGACAAAAGCUAUUACUUCAGACUGGAACAUAAAACCAUCUCAGUGGGCUGCACCUGUGUCCGGCCGUACGUGGAGCAGAUCUGAUGUACUGCAAGAUGAAGCGUCUGAGUUCUACUGACUCGCCUUAUUAUUAUUAUUAUUUAUUAGUUUUCACCUGUUUACCUUUGAUGAGAUUUUAUUUUAUUUAUUAGUUUCAUUAGAAGUUGAUGAAGGUUUUUGAGGAUGUGUGUUUGCUCUGUUAUUUAUUCACUGUAGUGAUGUUUGAGGAGGAAAAGUGAAUUAAACGUAUUAAUUUAUUAAACAAGUCA